UUUCAGCUUCAAAAAGAUCGUCUGAUGCUGAUCACAUCUUCAGUAUGCUCGCAGAGGAGGAUGCCGACAUUACUGCAACAGCUGCCAUUGACAUACUGGGGAACAUAAAGCCCAAACAAAAACCUUCUGAUAAUGAUGGCUUCAUGCAAGAACUAGAUAUAGCGGCUGAUGUAAAACCAGAGGAAGCAGAGGAAGCUACCACAGGAGGGAAGAAGAUAACCCCGUCUGCAGCACGGACCAAGAAGUUCAGCUUCUCGGACCUGGACGAUGACCUGGACGAGUGUGAUAAUUUAGUUGACCUUCUCGAUGGCUUGCCUUCAAAUAAAAGCAAGACGCAAUCCAAACCCAGCUCACAGGCGACUAAGCCUGAAAAACACAUCCCAUCACAUGCAACAUCUCAAACCCAAAAGAAGGAAACAACAAAUGCUGCAAAGAAACAGAGUGACCUCACAUUUGAUGACGAGAAAGAUGAUUUAAUUGACGACCUUGGCUUGGACAGUGAUAACAAGAAUCCUAAGAAACAAGAAAAUGUGCUGUGGUCCAACUUGGAAAGUAGUGAGCAUCCCCAGAGAGUUCGCACAAGGCUCGAUGAGAUUCUGGAGAAUCAUUCUCGCAGUGUGGAAUGGUCACCCACAGGUGCCAAGAAGGACCCGCCUCCGUCCAGGGAGAAGAACUACAAUUUGAAAGACGCCUUUUCAGAAGACGAUCGAAUAUUUGGAUCCUAUCAGCCCACUGUGGGAGCCCCCCCUGCAGGGCCCCAGUUGCGCAAGCAGUCCAUCAGAUUCUCGACAGAGAAUGUCCGUCCUUCCAGCCUCGAAAAGAAGCCGCCCAUCUCCCCAACAUCCACUCGACCCCGCAACCCAGCCGACUGGCUGUGUCUCAAAGCAAGCGAUGAGCCCGGCGACCUGGAAGAUGACGUCAAAGAGAAGAAGACCUCAUCAGAGUCUCCCAAAUCUCCCUCCUCGCCUCUGUUGGAGAGAAAGCCCGCUCUGACGGGCGGCCCAAAAACACCUGCUUCUAAAAUAGAAGAAGAUGCCGCCCUUUCGGCCUCCCCCAAAGCAGCAAAGCCAGACGCCACCAGAAGCCUGAAGAUAAAGGAUGAUGUUGACGACUGGUUAGUGGGCGCUCUUAGCAGGAGGAGGUCUCUCACCGGAUCCAACUCUGACGCCAAAGUCUCCAAGCAGGAGCAGUCUUUAGGUCUGGGAGAAGAAGUGGAUUUGGAGUUGCUUGUGAGUAAGGAACCCACUUUACACACUAGCAGGGGCAGAGACAACAUUGUUGGCUCCUGCCUCGAACAACCUCGCCCUGCUUCACAGUCUGCUCCCGACAGAGAUGAGAGAACCAAAGAAGCACUCUCACAGCCAAACCAGUUACCGAACUCAUCAGCUGCGGUCCAGCAACAGAUGCCUUUUUCAGCGGACAGCCUGCAGCAACAAUUGUUACUACAGCAGCAGAUGAUGCAGUCGCUGGGGUUCCAAGGUGUUUUGGAUGUUGCGGCGCUGCAGAGACAGCCAGCUGCAGAGGACCAGGAUUUACAGGCUCGCAUCAUCCAGCUGGAGGGACAGAUUAAGACCUUGAAGCUGGAACGAGACCAUAGCCAGAUGUUACUGGAGAGUGCCCAGCAGCGACAUCAACAGGACAUGGAACUCAUAGAAAACGCCCACAGGACUCGCGUCAAGCUUCUCGAAGAAUCGACCGCUCAGAGGGAGACACGGAUGCGUCAAGAGUGCGAAGACCUCAUUGAGCGCUUGGCCACACUAACGCAAAGCACAGAGAAGGAGCGCUCGGACCUGCAGGCGCACUACCAGCGCAAACUGGCCCAGUUCCAGCAAGACCAAGACCGUGACGUGGAGAGACUGCGAGAUCUGCAGAGAAAAUCUAUUCUGGAGAUGAAGAAAGACCACGAAGACCAUGUCAAUAGACUGAUAAGACUAAAAGAGGAGGAGAUUGACGCAGUGACAAGUGCAACGUCUGAGACCAGGUCUCUGACUGUCGUGAUCGAGAAGAUGGAGCAGUUCUCUUCUCGUCUCGGAGGUCUCUCCACUCUGGUUGAGAGCAGACAUGAGCACACGAGCCAAGACUUGGAGCAGGGGGCGCGGCACAGAGAUGAGCAGCUUCGAAUCAUGCAGGAGCGUUUGGCUCAGCAGCAGAAAGCAAUGGCUGAAGAGAAGGCUUGUCUGAAGGAGAUCAUUUCCAGGAUGGACACUCAGAUCAAUGAGCAGCAGCGACAGCUUGAGAAGGAGCGCUGGAAGGUGACCGCGGAGCAGGCCAAGGUGGAAUCCUCCCUAAAAAGCCUGGAGGAUGAGCGACGGUCCCUGACGAUGCAGAUGAACAUGGAGCGAGAGGAGCUGGAGAGAGCCAAGAGCGCGUUACUGGAGGAGCAGAAGUCGGUGAUGCAGCAGUGUGCAGACGAGAGAAGGAAACUGGCCGCCGAGUGGAACGUCUUCCAUGCCCAGGAGAAACAGAGGCGAGAGAGGGCCGAGCAAGACGUCAGCACGCUGCUGGACAGGAGGGAAGGCUCCAUCAUGAGUCUGGCACAGGAGCAAGCUGAUUUGAAGCUGCGGAGCGGCGAUCUGAAACAAAGGGAGGCGACGGUGGCUCAGGAAAGAGAAGCUCUGGAACAACUCCGAGCGGAACUGGAUCGGGAAAAGGAAAGGAUAAGCAGCACCGCUCUGAGGCUGAAGAGUCGAGCACAGGAGGUGGAUUCCUUCAGCAAGAUGGCAGCAGAGAAGUAUGAGGAAGGUGAGCAGGCCUUGCAGGAAGCCAAGCGUGUGGAGGCGGAGCACCAGGCAAGGCUAAGAAACAUCCAUUCCCAGAUCGAGAAGCUGAGGCAGCUUGAACAGCGCACUAUUCAGGAGCGACUACGGUUUCAUCAGCCGCAAAUCAGUGAGAAGGUUCAACCCAAACUACCCUCUGGAACACAAAGCAAUCCGACUGUUUUAACAGACUCAGGUUCAGUGAUGCCAGAAACCAAUCUGGCACCAACACUGAAGACCACUAAGUCAUUGCCCGAUCCUCAGUCUCUGGCACGCCUGGCGAUAUGGAAGUACAACGAAAUAAAGGAACAGCACUACUUGCAAGAGCAGCAGAUCUUCCUCAACAACUUGAAGAAAAAGCCUUACGGACACAAGUCACAUUGGACACCAGCAGUAUGAAUUCAAGUUUUUUUAUUAUCAUUUUUAAAUAAACCUCAAUGUCGCUCCAAAA